AUAUUAAAUUCAGGGCAUUGUUUUGCUACGGUUGCGCAGGAGACUUUUAUUUUGACAAGUAGCAUAGAGGAUUAGCUGCAAUAGCUAAUGGCUAACCGGUGGUGCUAACUGUAUUUCCGAGCUGAAUUAAUCACAGUUUUUUAAUAACUGAUUGAUUUCUUAGUGCUGGUUAAGGUUGGUAGGAUCUGUGAUUUGAUAUUAGAUGUGGAUUAUGGCUGUAGUUCACUUAAGAUAGUUAUUUAUUACAUUCACAAUGCCGGAAUGCAUUUGCUAACGGCUAACUGGUGUGUUUGUGCUGGUUAGUGUUUGUAGAUCCUGUGUUUUUAUAGGAUAUGUGAAUUAUAAAUAUAAUUUGCUGUCAGUUCAGUGCUAGCUAGGCUAACAGACUGCUGGUGUUAAUCUGUUUAUUUGGACGCUGACUUUACGUGUACUGUUCUGCUGUACAGCGUUUUCAAAGUUAAAACUCUCCAGAUAAUUGAAUUUUUAUUGUAGACAAAUAGCUAAUGUUUACUCAGUCAGCUGCAGACUGAAGCUGCUGGAUGUUCAGGGUAAACUGUGGAACUGGAAUCCGGAUCAGUGAUGUGUUUCGUGUUAACGUUACGGCGGGUUUACUGUCCAGCUCAAGCUGUGGACUGGAAUAUUAAUCUGACUACAAGAAAUUGGACAGAGUUUACAUUAUGGUUUUACUACUUAUAUAGUAGUUAAUUGACAGACCAUGAUGUUGUACCACAGAAAAGACAGACAAGACUGUCACUCAUUGUGUUUCAUCAGGUUAAAGCGCCAGCCUCAUCCAGGUGUAUGUUUUGUUAGGUUAUAAUACAGAAUAAUCGACAUGACUUAUGAAUUACAUUCAUUAUUAUUCGGGACAAGAAAAGCUAUGUAUACAUAUUCAGAUAUUCAUUUCUAAAACCACUGAAAUUUUGCACAAAUCACUUACUGUACUGUAUAUCAUUAAACACUGAUCAAGCAUAACAUUAGAAAUACCUGCUUGUUUCUACUUCCAGUAUACUUUUUUCAGCUCCACUAAGCUUAUAGGAGCACUUUAUAGUUAUAUAAUAGUUUAUUGUUGUAUAUAAUACACGGUAGGUUUUAAACACUGUGUCCACUCCAUUAGACACUCCAUUAGCUGCUCCACAUUUUUAGAUAAAGUAAAGUAAAGACAGACGCUCUAAAUCCUCCAGUCCUUCAUCAGUUCCCACAGCUGUACAGUACAGCUGUGUCCUUCAUGUGAUCUCAUUCUUCUGGAUCUUUUCAAAAGCACUCUUGUCUUCUAUAAUAACACUCUGUUUCUGUCUUACAGUGCCCACAGUGCCUUACAGUGUCCAAUGGAACUUUUCUUCAGGGCAUGGCGUGUGCCGGAUCUCUCGGCUCGCCGCGUAUGGGCGUGUCCGUGAUGUUUUUGAAUUCAAAUAAAGCAAAACAGAUGUAGUUAAUCAUAAGUUUAAGAUUUUAAAUUUUUAGUAAACCGUAAACUAUAUUCUGCCAUUUUUAGCUUCUCUUAUGUGGCUGUUCUGUAAGUGUGAGGCUCGACUGUGUGUGAACACGCAGCCGUCUCUUCCCUGAUUGGCUAGACGCAGCGCAGGCCCCGGAUUCAUUUGAAUAAAGUUGACCUCUGCUGAACUUUUUUGUCGGAGGGCGGGGUGGUCCCAGUGGAUGCACACUAUUAAUCUAAUAGCAGUAUUAGUAUUGACCAUGACACAGAUAGCCUCCCCCUGCGGAGGGGUGAAAAGGGGCACUCUGCCUACCUGUAAUAUGAACAGUUACCAACGCCGUUACUUUUUUCAGUAACGAAUAAUCUAACUAAUUACUCUGACUGUAACUAUAACGCCGUUACCAUUUCCGACACCCCGUUACUUUAGCCGCUCAAUGAACUUUUUUUUUUACCAUCGCGCAUACAGACAGCGGCGCAAAUGUGUGUGUGAGUCACAAGGGAGAGGAGGAUGAGAUCAGGGUUUCUCUAGGGGUCCGCAGGGUCAUCAUCAGAGGAAGGCAUUAGUCUGUAGUGAGCACUUUAAAUCAGGGAACUCAAACUCGCGGCCCGCAGAGCGAUAUUUUGUGGCCUGCAAAUUGAAAUCAAAUUUUAGUGUUAGUGCGGCGCACCCGCAAGAAAGACGCUCCCUCUCCCCGUCCACCAGCACAGUGCAUCCUAUUCAUUUAAAUAGAGAGAGCCGCUGCAUGAGCGUAGCCCCGCCCUCCGACAAAACAGUUCAGCUGUGUGUGAUACGAGCCUCACACACACAGAACAGCUGCCUUUCAACCACGGAGGAGAAGCUGAAAACGGAUUUAUAGAACUAUAGAUCACAGUGAGGUUUAAUAAAAAUCUUAAACUUACGAUUGACUACACCUGUUGCUUGAUUUGAAUUAAAAAAAACGUCACACAAUAGUUACUUUUACUGGUAACUAGUUACUUUUAUGGUGGAUUAACUCCGUUAGUAACUCAGUUACUUUUUUGGAGAAGUAACUAGUAACUAUAACUAAUUACUUUUUCAAAGUAACGUGCCCAACCCUGAAUAUGAAGUAUACCAUAUUACAGUACAGAGAAACAUUUUGUUUUAGAUUACACACCUAUUCUUUCUAAUAAACUUUUAAACAAUCGAUUGCCUUUGCCAUUCUAAGGCCAUGAUUUAUAACAUGUGGCCUUUAUUUCAUCUGAAACAUGCUCACAAACUUCCCAUCAUUACUUAAAAUCAUGAUUCACCUGAUAGCUAAUCAUCAAUUCAGGAGAUAUUUACCAGAAAAAAUAUAUAUAUCUAUUAUAUAAAAUCUGCAUUAUUGGCUCUGACAACUAGCGUAACUAAUUUGAAUGUAAAGAUUAAUGCAGUGAUUUAAUGGCUAGCUGUUCUGGUGGGUGGUGCAGUUCUGUUGAGUAAAGUAAAACACAUUGUGAUCUGCAAGACAGAAGCAAUUGAUCAUAUGGGAAACAGCAGACAGUUGUACAAUAACAUUUGCGUGUGUGUUUAAAAUAAAUGAGAAAUGGUUUCUGUGAUGUGCACAAGUGACUAGAUCAGACCUGGGCUUUUUUACGGCCCACAGGCCACAACUGACCCUCUGAAUGUAAGAUUGUUGGAAAAUUAGAAGGGAAAAGUAAAUCACCAAAAAAUUGAGUGUGCGUCUAAACGGCGUAUUGCGGCAGCCCCGUGCACAGCGGAGCUGGAGGUGCAGAGACUCGUGUUUCUCGUGCAGAGACUGAAAAUGAAACAGAAAAUAGUUUUACAAAAAUUUAACCAGGUCUAAUCAACUAAUGUACAUCAGAAACACAACUACCUACCUGUAGAUCAGUGUAACAUUUUAAAAAUACAGUAUUUGUUCUAUAAAAUAAGCAAAUGGUUAUCAAGUAAUACCACAAAGUCUUGAAGAACAUUGUUAAUUGUAUUCAGUAUGUAUGUUUCCAGUAAUAAUACUGAAAAAUAAGACAAGAGUCUGGAGUCCUAUAAAAUAUGAAAAUCAGACGGUUAUAAGCUUAGAUGGGCUCACUGGAACAAGGUUUUUCCAACCAAUUAAAAGCUCUGCAGGCUUGGGGUCUUUUUGCUUAGGGUGUCUCUCAGUUAGCCAUUACCGACUGCUUCACCAGCAGGGCACUGUGACAUACUGUGAGCUGCUUGUUUGCAUCGGUUGCGCUGUGUCUGCCAUCAUGUGUGGCCAUUGCAAGUCUCUCAUUUGCUCUAUUUUUGCCAUAUGCCAUCUGUCAUUAAGCCAAAUAAAGACAGAAAGUUCUCCACUUUCAGCUUCCCAUUCGAUAUCAGUCCACUGACUCAUUUGUGGGUAAUCAGGGUGUUUUUGAGAGUGGAUAGUAUUUUUGCCAGUUUUUCUUUUUCAGCGGAUAACUUGAUAGCCUACAGUAGUUUCCAGCCCAUCUGAGAUCCCCUAGAACUGUGUGGUACUUUCUAUGCUCUAUAAUUUAACCCUCCUAUUAUCUUAGGGGUCAGUUUGACCUCAUUAAGUGUUUUCGGUAUCUAAAAAAAUGUUGAGCUUCAUUCGUUUCUUAAAUAUAAUGAUGAAACCAACUAAACUUUCCAGAAUAAAAAAUUCUGGACUCAGUUUGUAGAAACCCCAGUCUGUUUCAGCUAUUUAAAUGAUAAUAAUAUCAACAUUUUACACAUACUUCCAUGACAAUCUGAUCAUAAGUGUUCAGCACUAGUAAAGUACAGGUGUGAAGCACCCUUAAUGUGAUUCCCAGCAUCAUUAAAAAAUGAGCGUAAACAUUUUUGUUGUUUUUUAAACAGAAGUUUGCCUCUAAUAAGCUAAAAAUGUUAAAAUCUUAUGAAGAAACAAUUUUAAAGGAUGAAAAUUAGAGGAGAGGUAUGUAGGUACCUCACUUACAUUCAAGUACACUUUACUCAUGAUUGGGUAUUCACAUAUUCACGUUCUCUUUUUAAAACUAUAUUUGUUACAGAUGCAUAUUUAUACUAUAUUUCUCUGUCACAUCAGCCACUUUCAUAACCAAUGUCAUUGCACAUUGCACUUUGCUCUGUUAAUUAUUUAAUUAUUUAAUGACCAUUAGCAACAUCUACUGCACUGCUCUGUUUACAGAUAUAUCUUACCUUGUAUAGUACAUUUUUUAUAGCCUUACAUUUUUCUCUAUUCUUCUGUGUUUUAAUUUAUGUUUGAAUAUGUUUCUUAUUGUAUUGUGUUGUUGCUGCUGGAUGCCUAAAUUUCGUAGAUAAAUAAAGUAUCUAUCUAUCUAUCUAUCUAUCUAUCUAUCUAUCUAUCUAUCUGUCUGUCUGUCUGUCUGUCUGUCUGUCUGUCUGUCUGUCUGUCUGUCUGUCUGUCUACAUAUUAUGUAAUACUAGUUUAACUGUUUUUUUUAAAUAACUGAACAGUAACCUUUUCAUUUUUCUUUGGCUGUUUGCUGCUCACUGCUGUGUGAAGAUGGACUAAAAAGUUUGUCACAGUGUGCUGGGCUGUUAAUGGAUGAGGAUAAGUACACAUGCUGUGGAGGGACCAUACACCAGGGAGCUCAUCUGUCCUGCUGUGGAAACUCUGCCUACAACAUCCUGAAGAGUUCCUGCUGCCUGAAUGAGUUAACGCUUGGCUUGAGCCAGUCUGUGUCCCGAUGUUGCGGAUCACAGGCCUACAACCCUCUGAAUCAGAUUUGCUGUGGGGGACGUGUCCAAAUCAGACACAGUGCUCAGACCAAAUGCUGUGGUUCAGAGCCGUUUGAGGAGAGGACUCAUCUUUGCUGUGGUCCUCUUUCUGGGAAGGUGCUGUUACCCAGGAAUACCAGUUGUGACCUGUGUUGUGGUACUGAACUGUACAACCCAGUGGAGCAGUGCUGCUGCAUUGACCCACAUGUCCAUGUGAUCCCCAGGAAUCCCAACAACACUGAAUGCUGUUCAAAUCCAGGUAUUAUUUUUCAACUGCCGAGAAGGCGAAGACAAUCUAGUGAUAUUUCUGAAGACCACAGAGUUCUCAACCAGCUUAGAAGCAAGAGAGUUCCAGGCUUAUCUCAGUUUACGGAUCUGUACUGUGGAUCAGAACUGUAUGACACAAACAUCCAUAUUUGCUGUUCAGACAAGCUGUUCUCAAACGAGUACGGCCUUGCACAGUGCUGUGGUGCAGAGGUGUACCAGCUGUCAGAAGUGGGAGCGCUGUGCUGUGAUGGACAGCUGUAUCGAGACCAGCCGGUCGAUGCCAUCUGUUCUGGUAAAGCCGCGUACUCUCCGCUCAGCUAUACUGUAUGUCGGCAACAUGCUUACCUACCAACUGGCCAGCAGUGCUGUGGGAAUAACACCUUUGACCCUGAAAAAGAGAUCUGCUGCAAUGAACACAGGCAUAAAAGGGUAACGGCGGAUACGACCUGCUGUGGUUCUCAUGCUUACAGUCCCAGCAGCGGUAAACACAAGUGCUGCUCUGGUCACCUCCACGACCUCGCAAACAAAGAGGAGGUCGGAUGCUGCGGCACUCUACUGCUGACCAAUAAAACGGAGCAGCGCUGCUGCCACUCAACGGCAAAAACUCUGAUCUACGAUGCCCAGCCCGGACAUUCCUGCUGUGGGCACCUGUAUUACAGCCAUUCCCUGUGGAGCUGCUGCGCCGGACGACUGAUUCCCGAGCCAACAGAGAACAGGACUGGAACACAAUCAUCAGAAGAUUUCACACUUAGAGCGCUGACGGAUUAUAACUUUUCUGAUAUCUGCGACCUGCCAGUGAUGUUGGGGAGGGUGAAAAGCGCAACAGUGAAGGACGAUCAGCGCUUUGUUCUCCUAGCAAAUCCUCUGAAGAUUCAAGGGAAUAAAGGUGCCGUAAUGGUUCUUCAGGGAAACCCUUUUGUAGUCGGCCCCCUGGCCCACUGCAGAACUCCGGUUCUGGAGGAAAACAGGACCUACCUCUGGAGGAAAAUCACUGGAAAACAAUAUAAGCCUCUUUCAGACAUUACUGACUUGGCAUCCCCUCUUCAUUCUAUCACAGAUUUCUGUAACAGCAGCUAUUAGUAGUAGGCAGAAAUAAAUAAAUCAUAUUACUGUAGAAUCCAGCUGUGGAUGCUCUUUACUGUUUUUACUGAUAUCACUGUACUGUACUUGUAUGCGCAUUUGUCACAUAAAGUUUU